AUGCGGUUAUUGGCUGGCUGUGCAGACGGUGGCUCAUUAAAGGAAAUAAUUUGUAAAUCUGGCACUGAUACUGCAAAACAAACAGCACCCCAGCCGCUUUAUGCUGAAGCAUCCUUAUCAGAAGGACUCAAAAGUGCAAUUGAACAUAUAGAAGUUAUUUCUGAGGAUCAUUUACUUUUGUCGAGAUGUAACGGGUCUUUAGAGCUGGUGCAGUUUAGCAGACAUAAGAAAGAACAAGCAGAAAAGGGAAAGGAGCCUGAACUCCCAACUCCUUCUGCGGAAACUGAAAAUGAGUAUGAGGUGUCUGAAUUUGAAGUAGUUCAUGCUAUAAACGGAUUAACAAACGACAGCAGAUUGGAACCACUAUAUGAGGCAUCUAAAAAAAGAGUGAAGUUGUGCGAUGGAUUUGUCUCUCUGCAACUUGUACCGUCUUCAGAAGAUACCUAUCUUGCAGUCACCAGGUCUGGACUAAUACAUAUAGUUCAAGUCAAUCUGCAAAAGAAUCAACUUCUCAAAUUAAAUACUUUAGAAGUCAAAGCACCGCUAGAAUUUGCACAAUUGAACGAUUGUGAUGAUAGGGUAAGUGGCGAUAGAUACAUACUCGGUUACGGAGGAGAAGAGAAUUUAGUUAAGAUAGUGGCAAUUGACUCAGACUUUUCUAAGUUGACCCAAAUCUGGGAGGCUAAAAAUGUGAAGAAUGAUAGAUUGGACUUAAGAGUACCCGUAUGGCCAGUUGGACUCAAAUUCAUCAAAUCGUUCCAAUCGAAAAUGUCAGAUGCUACUAAACUAAAUUUCCAGUUUGCUGUAAUAACACGUUUCUCUCACCUGGGACUUUACAGGACACAACAUGGAAGAAAACCAAUGAAAUAUAUUGAUUUACUUCCUAAUAGAGAACCUCUAAACCAGUUACUGCUCAUCGGAAAAGAAUCCACCCCUUUAGGAAAUUUACUUGCAGAGGAUUUCUGUAACUUUUGUAUUAUCACUGCCGAUACUAAGCACAAUGUUUACAAGUUCAAUGUAGACGGUCGUCUCGAAUCGAAAUUUGGCCAAAAUGAUAUGACAGGGGCUUCGACAUUCAUAGGCUUAUCUUCAGGAAAAUAUUUACUUCAAGGAGGACUUGACAGGUAUGCUCGUGUUUACGAACUCUCUACUUCCGAAAGACUGGCAAAGAUCUACGUGGGUGGCCACGUCAACUCUUUGAAUCUCAUUAACGAUGACAUAGGAACGAGUGCGGAAGGAAGGACGGAUGGGGCCAAGAACAAAAGGCAUCGUGAACCAGAAGAUGAUGCACAAGUUGCAGAUUUGUUAUGGAAUGAACUUGAUGUCAAAAACCGUAAAAAAAAAAAAGCUUCUAAAUAA